AUGACCCUCGGGUCCAAUGGGGGUCCAAGUUCUGACGCCAGUUGGAAGGCUGCAAGCAAGAGCCGCACUCUCCCCAAUUGGGAGCUCUCCAGGAACUGGCAGAGGCAUUUACUGCUUCACAUGGUGGUGGUGAUUCUCCCGCCCCCUACAACCAAGGGGGUGGAGUGUGGGGUCUGUUUGGAUAGGGAACCCUCGGUGCGCGCCUCUCCCCAGCCGUGCGCCCUGCUCCUUCGCCGACCUCUCCAAGCGCGCCCUUGCCCAUCCCCGACGUGGCGCACGGAGGGAAGCGGGGAGGGAGGAGCAGAGAGGUGGCGGGGGGAGACAGGGAGAGGCGACACUGGUCGGGCGCUGCCGCUUUCGCUUUCACUUAGAAGAAAGAGGCGAAGCGGCGAUGGCGCUCCUCGACGUUUGCAGACUGGAGCGCGGCGCCUGGGACUGGAACCCGCUCGGAGAGCCGACACCCCGCGGCCGGGGGCAGCCGGGCAUUACGCUUUCGGGGUGGAGAAGCCCCAGAUCGCCGUGCCCCCCGGGAGGCAGCCUUCUGAUUUCCUGCAGACCCACUGCGAGGGCAGCGGCAACAACGGGCAGCGGAUUGAGCUGGAGCAUGGCACCACCACAAUGGCCUUCACUUUCCAGCAUGGCGUCAUCGUCGCCACCGAUUCCCGGGCAUCGGCUGGCACCUACAUCAGUGAAAAGUUGUUCAACAAAGUGAUUGAGAUCAACCCCUACUUGUUGGGCACCAUGUCUGGGAGUGCUGCAGACUGCCAGUACUGGGAGCGACUCCUGGCCAAAUACUGCAGAUUGUACUACUUACGCAACAAGGAGCGAAUCAGCAUCUCGGCUGCUUCCAAACUGCUGGCCAACAUGCUUGCUGAGUACAAGGGGAUGGGGCUGUCUGUGGGGAGCAUGCUGUGCGGCUGGGACAAGAAGGUUCUUCCUUUUUUUUCUAGGGUCCCUGGACUUUACUACAUAGAUAGUAAUGGGGUACGCCUGGGUGGCCCCCUCUUUUCCACGGGAAGUGGGAACUGCUAUGCCUAUGGGAUCCUGGACAGCGGCCAUCGCCCCGAUCUCAGCGUGGAGGAGGCCUACGAACUCGGCAGGAAGGCCAUCUCGUACGCCACCCACCGCGACGCCUACUCAGGCGGUGUGGUGAACAUGUAUCACAUGAAGGAAGACGGCUGGAUCCGGGUCGGGCGCACAGAUGUCAGCGAUCUGCUCCACCAGUACGCCGAAGAAAAGAAGUGAGCAGCCGGGAACCACAAGGAACGCCAGAUAGGCUUCAGCACUCAGGGGCAAAGGGCAGAAAGGGACAGAGCUACAUUUAUGACGGGGCAGCAAUAAAGUAUUUUUAUUGAUAAAGUC